UGGAUUAGUAAAAUUAUAUGAUAUAAAAGAUUUUUGGGAACCUAAAGCAAAUCAUACAAGAUGUUAAAUUCCUUAAAAAUACAACGUUUCGUUAGAAGUUGAAAUAAAUCAACGAAAUCUUUUAAAUUAUUUUAUAUCAUGGACGAGAACAACGAACAUUUAUCACUUUCGGGAGUAGAAUUAUAUUUGGAUAAAUUUUCAUUUUUAAUUGUCGUAAAACGCGUUUGAAUUUUAAAUCGGUGAACACAAAUUGCAGAUCACCUAUUAUACCGACAUUCUUGGCCGAGGGCUUUCAGGGUUUUAAAAACCACCGCUUUUCGCCCCUCCCCUCUAGUCACCUGACCUAGGACAAGCUGUCAGUUAUCUGUCAGUACGCUUUAAAUAUAAGACCAGGUACCAAAACAAUAACAAAUUUGUAAACACAAUAUGACAUCACUGCUGUUACCGGAUCUUAUGAAAAAGACUUGUAGAACGUGUUUAAGCACAAAUGGAGAAAUGGUUUCUAUAUUUUCAUGUGAUUUUCACGUUAAUCAAUUACCAAAGAAACUCAUGGCAUUCGCUAACGUUGAGGUAUAUGAAAAUGACGGUCUACCUAAGGUGAUUUGUAAGAAAUGUGUGUUCUUGGCAGACUCUUUUCACUGUUUUAAAGAACAAUGCGAAUUUGCACAUUAUCAAUUGAAGUCAUUGAUGAAGAAAGCUUCGAAUGUAGAUGAUGGACUUAAAGCGAAUGAUGACAGCCUCAAUAUUAUUGAUACAAAUAAUCUAAAACCAUGGAGCAACAGAGCUCAAGAUUCUGUUGUGGAAAACGAAGCUGAUUAUGUCAUAGAAUACAUUUCUGAAGAUGUGAAAAUGGAGGUUGAAGAGGCUUUGAAGAGAAGGCAAGAAGCUGAAAGGAGAAUAAGUAUUGCAAAAGUAUCUCAGAGUAUAAGGAAUCUUAAAGGCAUCGAGGUUGUUCCAAUAAGCGAUGUCAGUAUUGCACAAAAACCAAAAGUAACUGGAAAAACUGAGAAACAGGAAAUCGUCAUGUUUCCUGUUACAAUGAAGAGGAAAAAGAAAAAGGCGACUGCCGGUACUUUCGAAAUUAUAACUAUUGAUGAUACUGUACCGAUUGAUCAGAAGUUGGAAUCGUCUCACGAUACUUUAACAUCCGAAAUUCCGGGACAGGACCUUAAAAAGGAAGAGUCAAUGGUUCACAACAAAAAGAAGAAACUAGGCUUUUCUACGGUAAGAAAGGUCGUGAAAAUUGAUGUCAACGAGGGACUUCAUAUAGAGCCUAAGGAUGAAAACAGGGAAACUUUGGACUCAACACAGCAUUUUCAGGAGAUGUCCACUGAAGUUAUCAUUCUUGGUAAUGGCCAAAAUAGACAGGACAAUAUCGAGCAUCUGGAUCACGAAAAAUUGGAUUACAAAGUUCACCACCCCGAACAUGAGGAAAGAAUAUCACAGUUUUCACAUCAGAUGCUACAUCAAGAAAAAAUUGAUUUUAGAAAUGAGAAGAAAGAAAACAUAGAUUUUUCUGUGCAAGAGUCUGAAGAUGGAGAAGAUCCAGCUGUAAUUAUGGAGAAGUCCACAGUUGAUUGUAUCAUCAAUACAAUUAAUGAUGGGAGUUUCAAAGACAUCAAUCAUGCAGAAGAAGACGUCAUGAUGUCUUCUGAAAACGCAGAAGACAAGGCUCAAAUUGUCAUCAACUAUGUGAUCGAUAACAGGAGUGAAGAGUCAACAAAAAGCCAGGUGAUAGAUAAUUCUGAAAAUAAAAAUGUAAAAAGUAUUGAAUCUCCUCCACCAAGCUGUUUCGAAUUAGAUGCGUGUAAAAUAGUCAAUGACGAUGAAGUAAAGCCUCUUGCUUUACUUAGUGUUGAUCCAUCUAAGGGAGAAGACAAUACCGCAACAAGCAUAAAAAUUUAUCAAAGAGAGGAUUCUGAGUCUCUUAGGAAAGAGGCAAAUGAAAUUUCGGCUUUGACAGAUCAAUAUUCGAUUCCAACUUUUUCUUUUGCUAAUCGGAAAGGCAGUAACAGGAACCUAAGAUUCUAUCGAUGCACUGUAUGCUCUAUAAACUUUGUUUCCAUGCCUGAUGUGCUGAAGCACAACAUAAAAGUACACAUGGUAGAUGAUAGUCCCCUUUUCUGUUUGAUAUGCGAUAAAAAUUUCGAGGAUAAAUCUUCACUUUCUAAUCAUGUUGAUGAACACAACGGCAGCAAAAUAUAUAAAUGCACAUUUUGUCCAAAGAUUUUCACUCUUCAAAGAAAUCUGAAGAGGCAUGUGUACCAUCACAUUGAUUAUAAACCAUAUCAAUGCGAAAUUUGCACGAAAAACUUUACCGAAAAAUCCUCCUUAAAAUCUCACAUGUUCCUUCACACCGGUGAAUCACCCUUUGCCUGUAAAAGUUGCAACGUUUCUUUCAAUAAUAAAACGAAUUGGAGGCGACACGUUAUGACCAUUCACGAAAAACUUACCGCCGUUGUAUGCCAGUUUUGUAACAAAGAACUACCCAACAGGAGAUCCCUUCGAGUCCACGUCAGAGUUCACACCGGAGAUAAACCUUAUCAGUGUCCACAUUGUGAAAAAAAAUUUACCCAGCAAUGUAAUCUAAACACACAUAUUCAUUGUCACCUCAACGAUAGGCCUUUCACUUGCCCACAUUGCGGCAAAGGCUUCAAUCAACGGGGGACUCGUGAUGAUCAUGUCUUAACUCAUACCGGAGAAAAACGUCAUAAAUGUACGAAGUGCGAAGCAAGCUUCACAGUUUCAUCUGCCCUCAAACGACACAUGUGGGUUCACUCGGAAAAGACACGACCUUACAAUUGCGACCGAUGUGAAUUACAAUUCGUUGGACUCUACGAUUUGCGAAGACACCUUAGAGUUAGACACGGGCAGCUUAUGAAGCCCGGAAAUCCAAGAGUUGCGAGGGUGGUAACAGAAAGUAAAAAGAAGAAGGAACCAGAGGAUUUUCCGAAGGAUGUUCCGGAGGAACCUAUAGAAGUGGAUGAAAACGAAUCUGUAAUACUUGAAGCCAUUCGGCCAACUGGAAUUCCCAUGGAUUGUUCUGAUCUCGAGCCAACAUCAAAAGAAAUUGAUUUCUUGUCUUGUAACGUGACAAAAUUUGAAAAUGGCGGGCCCGAAAUAACAAGGCAAAGCCUAUCCGAAACGAAAAUAGAAAAUUUCGUUAACGGGACUAAAACGGAGAUAAUUCGCAGCCCUGACAUUCCCUCGGACAAGGAUGAUACUGAUUUCGAGCUGAAGAUUAAAAACGGAGUCGGUGAAGAUCAUUGAGCGAGACAUAUAAGAAAUUCUAAAAAACUUUUCAUCGUUUGUCUUUUGAAAAUUGUUUCAGUUUUAUACCUCUCGGAAAAAUUAUAGAGAAAAUUUUUUUAACAAAAAAUACAUACGAUCUUUAUUUUUCGAUAGGUACAUUAAAUUUGCGAUAUCGAUAUAAAUUUAAUAUAAUCCUGAAUUGGCUAUGCCGCAUUAUCGUGGGCUGGAUUUUCGUUCGAUUUUCUUUCUCUGCGGCAGCAAAGUCUUUUUAAUCUGCUCGUUAAGUUUUGCUUCCAAACUAAGAAAGUAAAUAGCAUAAUUGCUUCCGACGUGUGUUGCGAGGCGUAUUCGCGGACCUCCACAUCAUCAGAGGAUAAUAAAUAUAAAGCUUCCGUC